UGUGGGGGGGACAGGAUGUCUCUGAGCUGUCACACACACCCCUGUCCCAGGCUCAGAGAAAGGGAGGGACAAAGGCUCUGAGAGAGAGAGUCAGGAACAAAGGCAGGAGGAGUGAGACAGAGAGACACUCGGGAGAGCAGGCCAGAGUGAGGCCGAGCGGGAGAACAGAAAAGUAGAGACAGGGAAGAACGGGGAGCCACGGAGUGUGGACUAUCCUGAAUGACAGACAGUGGGGACAACAGUGGGGACGAGAGAAGGGGCAGGGAGACCCACCCUGAGGCCUGAGAGCCGGGACAGGGAGGGAGGAGAGAGAGACUGAGAAAGAUAAUCACACAGAAGCAACGAUACUGCGAGGUCAGAGAGGGCAAGGAGGUUUGAGAGGGAGAGAGAGGCCGGCAGGAUAAUACAGACGGACACACAGAGACCAGGGCCGACAAAGAGACAAAAGUCGGGCGGAGGAUGUCACAGAAAUCCUGACCAGGCAGGGGGAGAUCGAGACAGGCCCUUUGACACGGGCUCUAGAUCUUAGUUCUGCUGGGCCUGUGGGGCCGGUGGGGCUCAGUGGACCCAGACAGGAGGUGGUUGCUCAAGGGCCGGCUGACACCAGGGGACCCUGACAUGGAGCUAAGGGACCCCAAGAACCAUGAGGAUGGGGACCCAGAGGAGGACACAGCUACGGCCCUCCAACGGCUCGUGGAGCUGACAGCCACCAGGGUGACCCCACUGAGAAAUCUGCGUGUUCAGUACCGCCUCAUCCGAAAGCUUGGCUCUGGCUCCUAUGGCCGCGUACUCCUUGCCCGGCCUCGCCAAGGAGGUCCUGCUGUGGCCCUGAAGCUCCUGCGUCGAGACAUGGUCCUGAGAACCACCUUUCUGAGAGAGUUCUGUGUGGGCCGCUGCGUCUCAUCACACCCAGGCUUACUCCAGACCCUAGCAGGACCCCUACAGACCCCCCGACACUUUGCCUUUGCCCAGGAGUAUGCACCGUAUGGAGACCUCAGCGGGAUGCUGCAGGAACGGGGCCUCCCAGAGCUGCUGGUGAAGAGGGUGGUGGCCCAGCUAGCCGGAGCCCUGGACUUCCUCCAUGGCCGGGGGCUGGUCCAUGCGGAUGUCAAGCCAGACAACGUGCUGGUCUUUGACCCUGUCUGCAGCCGUGUGGCCCUAGGUGACCUAGGUCUGACCCGGCCCGAGGGCAGUCCAACCCCUGCCCCACCAGGGCCACUGCCCUCCGCCCCACCCGAGCUCUGCCUCUUGCUGCCACCUGACACCCUGCCCCUGCGCCCAGCGGUGGACUCCUGGGGUCUGGGGGUGCUUCUCUUCUGCGCUGCCACUGCCUGUUUCCCUUGGGAUGUGGCACUGGCCCCUGACCCCGAGUUCGAGGCCUUUGCUGGCUGGCUGACCACCAGGCCCCAGCCGCCUCAACCACCACCCCCUUGGGACCAGUUUGCUCCCCCAGCUCUGGCAUUGCUCCAGGGGCUUCUAGACCUGGAUCCCGAGACUAGGAGCCCUCCGCUGGUUGUCCUGGACUUCUUGGGGGAUGACUGGGGGUUAGAGAGGAACAGAGAGGGGUCUGGGGGCUUGGGGGACAUGUCUGGUGAAGAUGGGGAGGAGGAGGAAGAGGGGGGAGUGAGCCUGGAAGAGGGGACAGAGGAGGAGGAGGAGCAGGAGGGCAAAGGUGGCAGGAGGAUGGGGACAGAUGGGGGAGCUCCCUGACCAGGUGACUGAGACAGGUGGCCACAGCCUGGGCCAGAGGCCCCUCCCGCAGCCUCCCUCCCCCAACCCUGGCCACCUGGAUGGAGACAGCUGCUCCCGGGAGGACAGGGAUGGAACAUACUGCAUCUCACCCUGCUGAGGGCUGGACUGGGGCGCACAAUUUCCCUCUCAGCCGAGGACCCAGGAGCCCAAGACCCAGCCCCUCCUCCCUCAGACCCGGGAGUCUAGGCCCCCAGCCCCUCUUCCUUCUGUCCUGAAUGUGUCUUCUUGAAGGAAGGCACUGUUUCCGCAGACGCAUUUCUGCAGUGCAGGGACAUGCUGAAUCCUCAUCAUGGACUUCUGAUGGGGUCACUCAUCCCCACCAAGACCCGGUUGACGCUCACUGUCCCUGUCACUAAAUCUGGGCUUUCAGGAUCUGACUGAAACCUGAUGAUGGACACCUCAUCUCCUUCUCCCAUUUCCCGGGGCUCUGGGUGACAUAUUGGGGAAGUCACUCAUUCUUUCUGGACCUAAAUACACACACACACACACACACACACACACACACACACACUUCCGGCAGCUACUUCUUGCGUCCUCCCCAAGAAUGCCGUUGUCCGCAGCUCAGUGCCUCCAAGAAGUGGACCUCUCCCCAGGCCCUCUCCAGCCUCGGGAACUUUUAUCCGGGUGACCUGUGUCUCCCAUCUUUUUCGGCCUCACCUCCUGUGCUGUCCAGGAUGGACUUGUUUUUGUUUCUGUUUUCUGUUUCGACAUCCUUUCCGCUCCCACAUGGCGAGUGCCCUGCGCCGGCUCCCUACGAGCACAGAGCACCAACGUGUGUGACUGUCCCAGGCGUGUGGACCUCAGAGCCGUCCAUGUGGAGGGCCACAGCUGCUUUGGAAGACCGUGCAUUCACCUGGGCCAGGCUGGGAGCCGUGUGCCCCACGACGCACACGCAGGCACACGUACCCCUUGCUUAUGAUGCUUCACACCUGCAGGGCAGGGGCUGCGUGCAUCUGGCCCCGGCACCCGCAGAGUCAGGAAUGGGAACUGCUCCCUCCACGGGAAUCUGUCCCUCGUGCCUUCUAGACUUAAACACGUGGGUCCACCAAGCACAGUGUGGUGUCCUGGAUUGGACCCGGGGACAGCGUAAGGUUGUUGGCGGAGGCGUCUGAGUGAUGAUUUCUUUGUUUGGACAAAUGUGGGGUCGUUGGCUGUGUCAGAUAUCAACCUGGUGGGGAGCGGGGGACGGCCCGGCAGUUCUCAGCACCAUCUUUCAGGCUGUUCUGGAAAUCUAAAGUUAUUCUGAAAUAAAGGUUUAUUAAAAAAAAAAAAA